AGCGGAUCCCUUUGAAAUGAUGCUAAAGUCCCUGUUGAGGUACCAGUCUGGACUCAGUGGGGAUGCGGGGGAGAGUCACCUGAGGAAAAAGCUGUAUGAAAACGGUGUGACCAAGUCCCUGCAGAGUAAUUUUGCUGUCAUCCAGAAGCUGUCUAAAGAGUUGCUAGCAAAAUGGCUGUCCUUUCCUGAGUCUCAACAUGUGCCCCUUUGCCAACACAUGCUGGGCUUUGCCAUGAAGUCUGUCACACAGACAGCAAUGGGUGGUAGUUUUGAAGAUGACCGGGAAGUAAUUCGAUUCCGCAGGAACCAUGAUGCAAUAUGGGCAGAAAUUGGAAAGGGUUUCUUGGAUGGGUCACUAGACAAAAGUAUGACCAGGAAAAAGCUCUAUGAAGAUGCUCUGAUGGAGAUGGAAUCCGUCUUAAAGAAAGUCACAAAGGAGCGGCGGGGCAGGAGCUUCAACCGCCACGUCUUCAUAGACUCCUUACUGCAGGGGAACCUGAGUGACAAGCAGAUCCUCGAAGACACGAUGAUAUUCUCUCUGGCAGGGUGUGUAAUCACGGCUAACCUGUGCACCUGGGCAGUCUAUUUCCUGACGACAUCGGAAGAAGUCCAACAGACCCUCUACAAGGAGGUGGACCGAGUUGUUGGAAAGGGCCCACUUACACAUGAGAAAAUUGAGCAGCUCAGGUAUUGCCGGCAGGUCCUGUGUGAGACGGUGCGGACAGCAAAGCUUACGCCAAUUGCCGCACGGCUGCAGGAGCUGGAGGGAAGAAUUGACCUGCAUAUUAUUCCCAAAGAGACUCUUGUGCUAUACGCUCCUGGGUUGGUGCUUCAGGACAGCUCAGCUUGGCCUCACCCUAAAGAAUCAUUCCCUGUUUUGUCUUACAGAUUUGAUCCAGACAGAUUCAGUGAUGAAUCCGAUGAAAACUUUUCCUUACUGGGCUUUUCGGGAAGUCAGGAGUGCCCAGAGUUGAGGUUUGCCUAUAUGGUGGCCACAGUACUGCUGAGUAUGUUGGUAAGGAAAUUAUAUCUGCAUCCCGUGAAAGGGCAGGUCAUGGAGACCAAAUAUGAGCUGGUAACCUCUCCAAAGGAAGAAGCAUGGAUAACUGUAUCCAAGAGAAGCUGAAUGAACAAAGCCAGGAGUGAGUUAGAGAGAGAGAGCGCAAGAGAGAGAGCGCGCCUCAGAAAGGAGCCCUCCUCCAUCAUGCUGAACUGGUCAAGGGUUUAACGUUACUGUUUCAUUACCUUCCAUGUUCUUAACCCAGCAGCCUCUUGGUAUUUUUUGUAACUCAAAAAAAUUGUCAUAUUAAAGUAGAUUUAAUUCUUA